AUGAGGCUUUAUGUGAUGGAGCCACAGCAGGUAAUUUAUUCCAAAGGAAGCCCUGCUACUCAUUUUUUUAUUAUUUCUAAAGGAAGGUGCGAAGUAGUCGAGAAAGGAAUGCAAAAAACUGUGCUAGGCAAAGGCGGCAGCUUUGGAGAAAUGGCUCUUAUGCAAGAGUGUGAGCGAACCAAUACAGUCCUUUCUAUAGAAAAAGUGAUGCUAUGGGGAAUUGACAGGUAUGAAUUUCGUAACGCAAUUGAAUCAAUCAAUGCUCAAAGAUAUAACGAAAAUAAGCAGUUUAUUGAAAGUGUACCAAUUUUUCAGUGCUUGAAUAAAAAUCAACAAGAAACCUUGCUGGCUGCUUUGAGCCAUCAAGAGUUUGAUCCUGGGAGAAAGGUAGUAACUGAAGGAGAGCCAGGGAACCUGUUUUAUAUAAUCAAAGAUGGGCUAGUUAAUUGUACAAUUAAAGGAAAAAUCGUCCGCCAAAUGAGCAGAGGGGAUUAUUUCGGUGAGCAGGCAUUAUUGUAUAAUAGUGUAAGAACGGCUACUAUCGCUGUGGUAACCAAGGCAACUCUUCUGUAUAUAGGAAGAGAUGAUCUGGCACGUGCUUUGGGAAGCCACCUACAAAAAAUAAUCUACAAAAACUCGCAAAGAAUUGCACUAGAAAGCAGCUCUUUUUUGAAAAGCCUAACAAAAGCCCAGGAAGAAGACAUUAUAAGCAAAAUGAAAUGCAAGUCUUUUCAGCCAAAUGAGGUUGUUAUUCCUAGAGGGGCACCUAAAGGGAAAAAGCUGUGAAUCCUUGUAAAAGGAAGUUUAAUAGCAGAACAGUCCAGAAAAAAAGUCAAUGUUUUAGAAUGUAUAGGAGAUGAAGAAUUCGAAGCGGCUCCUGAAGGAGUUUUCGAAGAAAACUUAAGAGCAGAAGGAAACGUGGAUAUUGAAGAAAUAGCAAGACAAGAGUUUGAGGCCUGCAUAGGAGGGCAGCUCAAUAGAGUAAGCUCACGAAACGAGAUUUUAAGCAUUAUGAGAAACGUCCAGCUACUCAAAGCACUACCUUUUAAGAAAUUGGAGUCUCUGGUAAAUAAAGUAUUUGUGAGGGAAUUUGGAGAUAGAGAAGUAAUUUUUUAUGAAAAUGCCCCAGGGGAUGCCUUUUAUAUAGUAAAAGAAGGAAAAGUGGAUAUCAUAAAAAAUAACGCAGUGAUUAGGACUAUAGGCCAGCAUGAUUACUUUGGGGAAAGAUCAAUUAUUUUAAAAGAAAAAAGAACUGCAACAGUAAAGGCUAACGGAAUUGUACAAGUGUGGGUACUAAGCAAAGAAGACUUUUUAAGCCUAGUAAACGAAGGCGUAAGAAUCAUGCUUUUAAAGAGAAUUGAGCUUCAAGAUGACAAAAUCACUCUCAAAGAUUUGCACAUAGUCAAACUAUUAGGCAAAGGGAUGUUCGGGAACGUCUUUCUUGCAGCCCACAAGACCACCAGACUUCCAUAUGCACUAAAAACUAUAUGCCGAGAUAAAAUCAAAGCCUAUGAUCUCUAUAGUAGCUUACUCCUCGAGCGUCAUAUUCUCCUACAGACUGACCAUCCUCUGAUAAUGAAAUUAGUCAAAACCUUUAAAGACCACGAAAGAAUUUAUUUUCUCCAAGAAUAUGUUCAAGGCAAAGACUUAUUUGACGUCUUAAGGGAGCUAGGAAGCAUGAACGACGCCAAUUCAAAGUUCUAUAUAUCGUGCAUGCUAGCUAUACUUGAACAUAUGCAUGAGAGGGAUAUUGUUUAUAGAGACCUUAAGCCAGAAAAUAUUAUGAUUGACGAAGAAGGCUAUCCUAAGCUGAUUGAUUUUGGGACUGCUAAGAUUAUUCAAGGGAGGACUUAUACAAUUGUGGGGACGCCACAUUAUAUGGCACCUGAAGUCAUUUUAGGGAAAGGGUAUGGGAUUUCAGCAGAUUAUUGGUGCCUUGGAGUUAUGGCUUAUGAAUUUGUAUGUGGGAUGAUGCCCUUUGGAGACUCAGACGAAGAGCCUUACAAAAUCUAUGAAAAAAUUCUCAAAAACAGACUGGGUUUUCCUCCAAAAAUAAACAAGUCCUUAAAAACCUUGCAGAUAGUCGAAGUUUUACUUGACAAAAACCCUGCCAUGCGCGCAAACACAGAAAUCAUAAAAAACCACAGCUACUUUAAGAGUGUAAACUGGGACAAUAUCCUCAGCAAACAAAUAAAGCCGCCUUAUAUUCCCAGAGUUCCAAGCAUUUCUGACGAAAUUUUGCCAGCUAUGAGAAGCAAGCAGACAUUGUCUGCUUUUAUUUCUGUAAUCUUUAUAUAGCAAGAAGAGGCUAGAGACUCAAUUGACGUGCCUAAGCGAGGCAAACUGCCAGACCCAGGCUGGGACGAUCCAUUUUAA